AUGAUCGCGUUGAUUAACAAGCUCCUGGACUGGUUCAAGGCUCUUUUCUGGAAGGAGGAGAUGGAGCUGACCCUGGUGGGGCUGCAGUACUCGGGGAAGACCACCUUCGUGAACGUGAUCGCGUCCGGUCAGUUCAGCGAAGACAUGAUCCCCACAGUUGGCUUCAAUAUGCGCAAGAUCACCAAAGGAAACGUGACCAUCAAGUUGUGGGACAUUGGAGGCCAGCCCCGGUUCAGGUCCAUGUGGGAGCGAUACUGCCGAGGAGUCAGUGCCAUUGUAUACAUGGUCGAUGCCGCGGACCCAGAGAAGAUCGAAGCCUCAAAGAAUGAACUCCACAACCUCCUGGACAAACCACAGCUGCAGGGAAUUCCUGUGUUGGUUCUGGGGAAUAAGCGGGACUUGCCGGGAGCCCUGGAUGAGAAGGAGCUGAUCGAGAGGAUGAACCUGUCUGCCAUCCAGGACCGCGAGAUCUGCUGCUACUCCAUCUCCUGCAAAGAGAAAGAUAAUAUCGACAUCACUCUGCAGUGGCUGAUCCAACACUCCAGGACCAAGAGGACUUCCUGA